UGCAGAUUCCAGCUUCUUGAUAUAAACAAACAGCACUCAUUACGUUUAAAAAAUUUUUAGCAAAUUGGUUCCAUUGAUGAAAUAAACGAAAAGAUCCCUGAUUCGUUUGUCGCGUGGUGGUCUAUUUGAUUACGUUAUUUGCAGACAUCGACAACACUUUCUUGAUCUUCCUCGAUUACAUUAGCAUAAAAAUAAUGAUUUGUUCUAAGAUAUGUAAUUUCUGUUUCCAAGAGAACCUGCCUAAUAUCGUGUCUAUUGACAGUCAAGCCACAGAGUGCAAUGCACAUCAAAUCCAGGAUGUAGUGACCAAGCAUUUCUGGUUUACCGAAGAAGAGCUGGCAGGCCUUACCAUCUGUACUAUUUGUUGGAGCAAGAUGUCAGAAUUUCACACGUUUUAUUGUCAAGUUGAACAGCUAUGGAAGCAAGAAAGGUCAGAACAUAUGCCGUUUACUGAAGAGAAACUUAUUCCUGAAUCUAGUCGAGGCGAAGGAUAUGAAUCGAGAAAUGCGAUUAUCAAAACGGAGUUAGUUGACAAUGAAAAAGCAGAGCAAAUCGUGUGUGAAGUCGGACAGGAAGAAAUAUCAAACAUUAUCCCAGAUCCUAAGGAAGAAGAACAGCCCGAAGUGACAGAAAAUCAGUAUCAACAAGUGAAGCAACCAUCUGAAGAACUAGAAAAACAAUCGGAACACAAUGUCGAGGUGACAAAUCAGGAUAUUCUGCAGUUUUGUCAAAUGGACUGUAAGGACUGCUCGGAAUGUUUCGUGAGUUUCAAACAACUCAAACAACACCACAACGCAGUCCAUAAUCAACCGGGAUAUGUGAUGUGUUGCAAUUUUCGGUUUGAAGGACAAAGCCUCCUACGAGAACACAUACGCGUGCACAUGAAUCCCGCAACUUUUCAUUGUUCGGAGUGUAAUAGAAAUUUUAAUUCCAGGAGAAGUUUGCUCAAACAUCAGUUGUCACAUGUACCAGACGAACAAAAAACUUUCGCAUGUAAUAUGUGCCCAAAAAAGUUUUCCCAAAGGUAUAAGCUCAACUCACAUAUGUUGGGACAUAAAGAUGAAAAGGAUUUUCCUUGUCAGAAUUGCGACAAGCGAUUUUCUACCAGAGGUGCACUAGCAAGCCACUAUAAAAAUAUCCACGAACGUGCAAAUGAAGUCAUGUGUGAAGUCUGUUCGAAGGUAUUGAAAACGAGGAGUGCUUUUUUGAUACAUAAGGCAGUACAUAUUAAUGCAGAGCGGAUCCAGUGUUCGACCUGUGGCAAAUGGUUGAAGAACGAGCACUCGAUGAAGAAGCACAUGAUACGGCACCAGGAAGAAACUAGAGAUCAUGUGUGUGAUACGUGUGGGAAACGUUCUCCAAAUUCACACGCAUUAAGGAAACAUAUCCAGGAUCAACAUACGAUUGGACGAAUACAUCAGUGUUCACUGUGUGAAAAGUCAUUCAAACGAGCGUUGGCUUUGAAGGAACAUAUGGCCACACAUACCGGUCAACAGCUGUAUUCAUGCCCUCACUGUGGAAAGGAGUUCAAGUCAUCUGCUAAUUUGUAUUCGCAUCGAAAAAAGGAACAUCCACUAGAAUGGCAGGAAUAUCAGAGGACGAAGGCUUCUUCUUUGAUUGGUUAAUGCGUAUCUCACCAAGGCAGUGGAUUGUAGUAGAACCACAAUAGGAGGCUGUUGGCACUUUGGUGCUGUUUCGUGGCAUUGCUAUGGGUGGGAUUUAAUAAUAAUGAUUUUUUUCAACAAUGUUCAGCUUGCUGCAUAAUUUCAAAAAUCCAACGUUUUGAAAUAAAACCCCCGAUUACCCGCGAGCGGUUCCUUUUGUUUUGGUCGUGACUUUCACAUUAUGUGACCAUUGCACAAUGGUCCAGGAGAUGCAUUUAAGUGGAAUUAGCAUUUAUUCUCUAGAUAAAAACUGUCUUAGACAAAAUUAUUACUCAUGAUAGAA